UCUCCGAUCCCACAUACGCGAAGAAGAAGAAGAAGAAGAAGAAGAAGAAGAAGAGGAGGUCGUGGUGGUGGUGGUGGUGGUGGUGGUGGUGCGGCAAUGGCGAACGCGGAUCUGAGAACCGAACCGGCCGGUUCGGACCGGGAUGAGGCGGCGGAAUCGGAGGCGGACGCGUGGCGGAUCAACAUCGGCGACCUCCGCGUUCCCGAAGGCCUCGACGAUCAGCCGUUCAUCGCCCGCGUGUUCCGCCGAUCGCACGGGAAGAAGAAAAAAAUUGCAAAAUAUUACAAGAAGCAAGAGAGUCUUCUAAAGGGAUUCACUGAAAUGGAAAGCAUCAAUGAGCUGGGUUUCUUAGAAGGAGCUCCUACAGAGGAGGAUUUAAAACAACUAGCAAAGAGCGAGCGAAUGGCUAUAAACAUUUCGAAUUUCGUCAAUCUUCUUCUUUUCAUCAGCAAAGUGCUUGCUUCUGUUGAAAGCAAAUCCUUGGCAGUGAUAGCUUCAACUCUGGACUCUCUAUUGGAUCUUUUAUCAGGGGUUAUUCUCUGGGUUACUGCAUAUGCUAUGAAGAAUCCAAAUAAAUAUAAUUAUCCAAUUGGAAAGAAGCGUAUGCAACCUGUGGGCAUUAUAGUUUUCGCUUCAGUAAUGGGAACUCUUGGCCUUCAAGUACUGAUAGAAUCUGGCCGUCAGCUUAUUACAAAGUCUCACACCACUUUCGACCGCACGAAAGAGUUUUGGAUGGUCGGCAGCAUGGCCUCAGUCACGAUCGUGAAAUUCAUUCUCAUGGUAUACUGCCGCACUUUCAAGAACGAGAUUGUCCGAGCAUACGCGCAAGAUCACUUCUUCGACGUUAUUACAAACUCGAUCGGUCUAGUAACGUCUCUGCUCGCUGCUCGAUAUUAUUGGUGGAUGGACCCUGUCGGAGCCAUACUGAUUGCGCUGUACACGAUAAGCACAUGGGCGAAGACCGUGCUGGAGAACGUGUGGACGUUGGUCGGCAAAACCGCGCCUUCCGAAUUCUUAACCAAAUUGACCUACCUGAUCUGGAACCAUCACAAAGAGAUCAAGCACAUCGACACGGUCCGUGCGUACACAUUCGGCACCCACUACUUUGUCGAGGUGGACAUCGUCCUCCCCGGCGACAUGCCUCUGAGCCAAGCGCACGACAUUGGCGAGGCGCUCCAAGAGAAGCUCGAGCAGUUGCCCGAGGUCGAGCGCGCCUUCGUUCACGUCGACUUUGAGUUCACGCACCGGCCGGAGCACAAGACCGAGGUCUAAUUGCAACGCAAAUUGUUGACGCGCGAGAGGUUCGUCGGAAAUAAUACUCUCUUGCUAACGCAUUUUACGUGUUAUCUUGUCAUUUUAUUUGCUUUUUUUUUCUCUUUCUUUCUUUCUUUCUUUUUUUUCUGGUCAUCUACAUGAUGGAUAACUCAAACUAUAUUAGUGAGGAGAUCAUAAUCUUACUAAAA